AUGGCCUUUGCGGCCUUGCGUCGCCUAGGCCAGUCCUUGCUGGGCACGGAUGCCCCGCUGCAGAAGGUUCAAGCGCACCUGCUCGCAGAUGAGGCGCCAGCCGCCUGGCAGGCAGCGGUGGAGCUGCUGGAGCCGCCCUGCUCGGUGGAGGGCCUUGCCUCUGCAGCGGUGGCAGCGGCUGCCUGCGACCACUGGGAGGAGGCGGCCCGCAUCCUGCAAGGAGCACAACAUCCCGAAGUGCGAGGCAACGAUGAGGAGCGCCAAAGCUGCCGGGCGCUGCUGGGCCGGGUGGAGGAGCUUCGAGCGCAGCAGCGGGGCGAGCGGGGCCUGCUCUGUGGCCCGCUUUGGCGGCCGGAGCCGCCCACGGAGCUGCCGCUGCCGAACUGGGGCUGGGCGAAAGCCUUGCCUCAGGUGGCAGAAUACGUGGGCCCUGUAGAGGUGCGCUGGAUGAACGAGGGCAUCGGAGAGCGCGGGCUCUUUACUUCCAGGCCAGUCAAGGCCGGGGAGCUGCUGCUGGUGUCGCGGCCCAUCGCCUCGGCGGAGCGCAACGGGGCGCCGCUGAUCGCGGAGCUGCGGCGGAAGUGCCGGGGCCCCAAGCUCCGUGCCGUGUCCGGCCGCGCCAAGAAGCGGCUGCAGUGCCUCGCGGGGGGCGGAGGUGCCGCGCUGUCUCCAGAAGUGGUCACCGAGGCUCUCUUCAACUGCACGGACACGCUUGCGUCGGUGCCGCAGGGCCAGGCUUCGGAGGGGGAUCUCAACCUCACGGAGAUUCUGAACCACAACGUCUUCACCGUGGAUCCAGGCUUCGCCGCAUUGUACGGCUUACCUUCCAUGCUGAACCACAGCUGCGACGGCAGGGGUGCUUCAGCCAUGAAGUUGGUGCUCGUCUUCUUUGACAAGGCGAUGAUUUUUACCGCCACUAGGGACCUAGAGGCGGGUGAGGAGCUUUGCCACCGCUACUUUGACGUGGAGGGCUCCCUUGCGGACAGACAAGGCGAGUCCCGCAAGUGGGGCUUUGCUUGCGCCUGCCGCCGCUGCUCCUUUGAGGCGCAACAGCUGCCUGGCACGCCCAUUGGGGCUGCCGUGGACAGUGCGCUGGCGGAGUUCAGAGGGGAGCUCCGAUUCGAGAUGCGUGCUUUGAGCGCAGCCCUGGAGGCCAAGGAUGCCGAGGUGCUGAAGAAGCGCCGACACCUCAGAGCUGCAAAUGUCAGCGUGGGCCUGGUUUCGCCAAAGGCAACAGAGUGCAAAAACGGCCAGACCUUGCAAGCUUCACGCAAGCCACUGAUCAACGCGCUGGUGGCAUCUGAUCGAAUGGCGCUAGAUGUCUUGGCUGCCGGCUCGGGUGCCGCGAUCACUGACAGCAUCUUCAACCCAUUGGCGAUGAUCACGGUGCGGCAGCAGGUUGACUGGGAGCGGCGCAUGUACCAUGGACUUCUACCAAGCUUGCGACGUGUGUUGGCGGAGGAGGGCCUGCUGGGGCUUUGGGCCCCAGGUCUGGUGGCGACUUGGCUUCGUGCCUUCUCCCAGACGGGGCUGCGGAUUGGGCUCUACCCCAGGAUCAAGCGGCUGUAUCAUGGCGAGUCCCCAGACAGCCUGGCUGCGAAGAUCGGCGCUGGAGCCACUACCGGGUCCAUGGCUGCGGCGAUGGCUAAUCCUGCCGACUUGGUGCGUGUUCGUCUCCAGGCUGAUGCAGGGCGCAUUGUGGAGGGCUGCUAUGUAUCUGGCUUGAGGGCAGGCCACGAGCCGCGCUAUGCUCACACCUUCAAGGCGUUUGAGGAGAUUUUCCGGAAGGAGGGCGUGAUUGGCCUUUGGAAUGGUGUUCAAGCCAACGUGGCACGCGCUGCCCUGCUUUCUGCGGGGCAGCUGUCAACCUACGACCAGACAAAGCAGGUGGCACUGCAGGCUGGCUGGGUCGAUGGGCCCCGCCUGCACCUUGCCAGCUCCUGCCUCUCCGGGUUCGUGGCGCAGGUUGCCUGCAUGCCCGCCGACGUGGUGAAGACCAGGAUGCAGACGGCGACCUCCGAGGGCGCAGCCUCCUCCGCGCUGAAGAUCCUGCGGGAGGGCCCUCGCGGCUUCUACCGAGGCUUUGUUCCGGCGGCCUCUCGCCAGGUGCCCGUGAUGGCAGUCCAGAUGCCAAUCGUGGAGUACAUCCGAAAGCACAUCUUUGGUUUGGAGUAUUUGUAG